UCGGGAUGGGAAGUAUCGGGACCUUCACCGCGCACGGCCUGCGGGCCAUGCCGAACCCACCCCCGGUCACUCUGCUCCUCCACCGCGCCAGCCUGGCGGAUGCCUACCGCGCCACCGGGCGUCAGAUCCGGCUCGAUACCGCGGAUGGAACCGUCUUCCCGCAGACGGGUUAUGAUCUCGAAGUUCUCCGCGACGGGCGCUGGCACGGCGAGACGGGCCAUGAUACCACUGCCACCAACAUCGACCACCUCAUCAUCAGCGUCAAAGCCCCGCAAACGGUUGCGGCGCUGACACCUCUUCGCGCCCGUCUCUCCCCCCACUCCACCAUCCUUUUUCUCCAGAACGGCUGCGGCAUGAUCGACACUGUCACCGAGCACCUGUUUCCCGACCCCGUCACCCGUCCCCACUACGCCGUCGGCGUUGUCUCCCACGGCGUGGUGCUCACCAAGCCCUUCCAUGUUACACACACGGGUCCCGCGGCCAUGUCUCUGGGGUGGGUGCCCCCGCCGCCGGGACGGACGCCAGCGCCCGCUCGCGACGACGACCUGCUGGCGACGCUGCCCCGCUCCCCGCGGUUCAAUGCCCGCACCGACGCGUACACCCAGGUUUUCCAGACGCAGCUGGAGAAACUGGCCCUGAAUGCGUUCUGCAACCCCACAUGCGCCUUGCACGACGCGAAAACUGGCUUCCUGGUGACGAUGCCGGCGCUCCGUCGCGCCAUUCUCACCGAGAUAUCGGCGGUCGUCCUCGCACUGCCUGAACUGCAGGGGGUGUCGGGCGUGCGGGAGCGGUUCGCCGUCGACCGUCUGGAGAAAACGGUGAGCUACAUUCUCACCCAGAACGCCGAGACGACGUGCUCAAUGGUGUGGGAUAUGCGCGCUGGCCGUGAGACCGAGGUGCGGUUCAUCAAUGGCUACUGGGUGCGACGGGGGAGGGAAGUGGGGGUGGCGACGCCGGUGAACGAGGAAUUAGUACAGGCGGUUCUGCAUCGGACGGAAUUGAUCAAUCGAUCUAAGAUGGAGAGUGUCGAGAGUGAAGUCAAAGUGAAGUCGACAGAAGUAUAAAAAAGGAUAGAAGGAGGAAGCAUAAGUGGAUAGAUGAGUCAUCAGGCAACGGUGCCCGAUCGGCAUAAACGGCGAUCAACAAACAUAAACUUCUCGUGACUCCAAAGUAGUUCUUCCUUCCUUCUUCCUCUCUCUCUGUCUGGUCUUUGCUUUUAUUCA